CAGCCGAGUGCGAAACCUCUCCUUUGCUAUCAUCACCAUCUUCAGUUCACCAUGAAAAGAUACAGCCCAAGUUAUGCGCGAUAUAGAGCUUGAUGUAAAUGAAGUGCCAAGAAGUGUUAAGUGUUUUUUUAAAUGUAAAUGAAAUGCCAAGAAGUGUUAUGUUUUUAUAUCAGUCACGAGAGGUACGUGAAUCUGAACUUUUGAAAAUGAUUUAAGUUAAUGCAUAGAUCGAGGAAUUCAUAAUGAGUUUGCUUACUUGUCGCUGGAAUGGGGAAAAAAGGAGUAUAUACGUCACUGCGGCCAUAAUAUACUAAUAUAUUAUACUCGUCGAUAUUACGGACAGUCCAAGCGAUUCGCGACCAUGAGGACUGUGCGCUUAAGGCUGAGUCUUCACUGGGCCGUUUUAGGGACGGUCCUCAUAGUCGCUAUGACUGUGUACGCUCACAUCCUGUGGGAGGCUGCGUUCGAGGAGGCCUCCGGAGAAGAAGAGAGGGAGCUCCUUAGUAAGAAGAGCGUUCGCCAAGACGAGGAAGAGGAAUACACUCAAACUUCCGCCGUGGUUCUCUUGCAGAACGAGACAGAGUUUCGUGAGACGGGCCGUAACCUUGCAGAGUAUAACCCAGAAGAGGACGACUUAACGUCAGCCCAAGAGAGACUUCAGAAACGCCGCCGUUGGAUCCAGAGCGUAUGUCGUCACCUCCACCACAAGGAACCAGUGGAGAAAACGGCCAGGAAUUCAUUUAACUAUUUCUUCGAUUACAGAGCCGCUGUCUGCCCAAUACCGAAGUCCGGAUCAUCUACCUGGCGAGAGCACCUCAGGAUCGUGAACAGGGGGCCUCACCCUUCAGUACCCAUUUUCCAGGACUUGCGUCUGAUCGAGAUCCAGCGACAGCCCAUCAAGAAGAUCAUGAGGCAGCUCUCUCAGACGACCAAGAUCAUUACAGUUAGGCAUCCUUUAACUCGGCUGGUGUCGUGUUUUCGAAGCAAGUUCAACAAAGGGAUGCCGUUGCGAGCCUACUCGCCCAAAUCAGAAGAAGAGAGGCGUAAGAAGAAAGCUGGAUUUUCCUGGAAUGACAAUUUCUACGCCUUCUGGCUGCCGGCUCUUCACGCCAAUAAUAUGCUUCCGACGGACUUUCACAGAGACCUCAAUUUGACCUCGACCCUCGAUCCCGAUAAAAGAUACAACACUUCAGUCUACACAGCCAUUUACUGGAGAGUGAGGCCCAGAAUCAACUUCAAUCAGUUCAUGAAGCUCGUCGUCAGCUCUCACAAGGAGGGCAAAGCCAAUCCCCACUGGGACACGUACUACAACAGAUGUUCGCCCUGCCGUUUCAAUUACGACUACGUGACCCACAUCGAAACGCUCGAGGACGACCUCAAGUACGUAUUCAAAGUGUUGGGUCUUCCUUCGAAGCCGACCUUGGACGAGAACUCCUCGAGGAUUCGCUCUAGGAAGUCGAGGGAUUUCAGAAUGUUCACCUGGCUUCCCAAGCCCAUGCUGGAUGACCUGAAGGAACUACUUUGGCCUGACCUGCAGAUGUUUGGGUACAAGUGGCCGAAAAUGCUGGGAUAAGGAGGACUAACCAUUCACUCACCCUGACAACAUCCUGUAGUGGAUUGCAUUGUGUGAACUUUAAACAUUUCAUGUUGGAUGCAUCCAAACACAUGCAUACAAACAAAUUCAUACUUUUUGUACACAUACACACACAC